UGCAGCUUUUCGGCUAUGGCCGCCGGCAAGAGUUUCCUUGCUAGCUUCGUUGCCUGGUCAAAACAUCACGCGAGACGCGAUUUCCAUUUACUCCAGCGCGGCCCAAGGUCUAUCACCAUAUAACAAAUGCGCCACAGAGUGGCUAGAGAGCAGAGAAGGAAGAGCGAGCAAGCAUCCAUCGCUCGAUGGUGAAAGAGGAUCACAUAACGGUCGAGAUGAGGAACUUGUCUGGCGCUGGCGCCAGAUCCAGGGGUACGUCGCGAACGAGCUCCGCAAACACGGGCACCGGCGGCGAGGUUCUCGUGGAGCUCCAGAUCGAGACGGCCGACAGCGACGACUCGCUGCUAGAGAUCAACAGCCUAAACAGCAGCUCCGACCAUAGCGCCAAGAGGAUCACGUCCUCCAAGUGGAAGCAAUUCUCCCAGGAGCUCAAGAAGCUCUCGUUCAGCCGGAGUGGUACCAACAAGGGGCCGCCGGCGGCGGCGGGCGGGGCUAGGCUCCCGCGCACCAAAUCCUCCGCCGAGACCGCCAUCAGGGGGCUUCGAUUCAUCAGCAAGGCCACCGAGAAGGCCGACCGGGAGCAGCUAUGGCAGGAUGUGGCGACGCGGUUCGACUCCCUGGCCGUGGAUGGAUUCCUCUCGCGCGCCGAUUUUGGAGCUUGCAUUGGUAUGAAAGAUUCAAAGGAGUUUGCGGGACAGUUGUUCGAUUGCCUAGCCCGCAAAAUGGACGUGAACCGGCUCAAAAUCGAUAAAGACCAGGCUCGCGAGUUUUGGUUCUGGAUCUCCGACCCGAGCUUCGAUUCCAGGCUCGAAAUCUUCUUCGACAUGUGCGACAAAAAUUCCGACGGAAGGAUUACGGAAGAAGAAGUGAAAGAGGUCAUUAAAAUAAGCGCGAGUGAGAACAAGCUCUCGAAACUCAAGGAGCAAGCCGACGAGUACGCGGCGCUGAUCAUGGAAGAAUUAGACCCGGACAAUCUGGGUUAUGUCGAGCUAUGGCAGCUUGAAACUCUCCUACGUGGUGAGAUUGUCGGUGCCUCGCAGCGAUACUCCACACAAAACGUAAGCCAGAUGCUAAGUCAAGCACUGGUUCCACCACACAGACGGGACCGCUUGCACGAGAUCAAGUCCAAGACCAAGUAUUUCCUGGCCGAGAACUGGAAGAGGAUUUGGGUGCUGGCGCUGUGGAUCGCUGCGUGCGUCGGGCUUUUCACCUGGAAGUUCGUCCAGUACCGGAACAAGGCCGCGUUUGAUGUCAUGGGAUAUUGUCUGUGCAUCGCCAAAGGUGCCGCCGAGACUCUCAAGCUCAACAUGGCUUUGAUUUUGUUUCCAAUGUGUCGGAACUUUCUCACGUACUUGAGAUCGACUUGGCUCAACCAGGUCGUGCCUUUCAACGACAAUAUCAACUUUCACAAGACUAUAGCGGCUGGAAUCGUCGUGGGUGUUCUUCUCCACGGAGGAAUGCAUAUAACUUGCGAUAUCCCGAGGCUUGUGAGCUACGACGAGGAGGAAUUCAUCGCGAAGAUCGGGCGUGGAUUCAACUAUAGGCAGCCAACUUACUGGGAGGUUGUCAAGGGCGUGGAGGGAGUGACGGGGAUUGUCAUGGUGGUUCUCAUGGCCAUAGCUUUCACACUCGCAACUCACAAGUUUCGGCGAAAUCUCGUCAAGUUCCCGUGGCCUUUCCACCGGAUGACGGGAUUCAACACGUUUUGGUACACACAUCACCUCUUCAUCAUCGUCUACGUGCUCCUCAUCAUCCACGGCAUCUUCCUCUACCUGACUUACAAAUGGCAGCAAAAAACUACUUGGAUGUAUGUUGCGAUACCUGUCCUUCUCUAUGCGUUUGAAAGGAUUCGCAGGGUUUUCAAGUCUACGGUUUAUCCGGUGAAAGUCGUAAAGGUGGCUAUCUACUCUGGCAACGUCAUGGCUUUGUACAUGACCAAGCCUCCAAACUUUCGGUACAAGAGUGGAAUGUACAUGGUCUUGAACUGUCCAGCAGUCUCUCCAUUUGAGUGGCAUCCAUUCUCAAUCACUUCCGCUCCAGGCGACGAGUAUCUCAGCGUUCACAUCAGAACUCUCGGUGACUGGACGGCAGAACUUAAGAACGUGUUCUCGCAAAUUUGCGAACCAUCCGCUGGUGGCAAGAGUGGAUUGCUGCGUGCCGAGGCAUGGAACUCCGGGGAGAGCUCAAACUUUCCAAAGCUCUUCAUCGAUGGGCCUUACGGAGCUCCAUCGCAGGACUACACCUCCUACGACAUUCUCCUUCUCGUCGGCCUGGGCAUUGGAGCCACUCCCUUCAUCAGUGUUCUCAAAGACAUGCUCAACAACAUGAAGAAGAACGAGACGAGCGCCGACGUGAGGAUCCCAAUGCCCAGCCCUAGAAGAAGUCCAGGGAACUCCACGGUCCCCGGCUGGACUCCCACGAACGCUUACUUCUACUGGGUUACACGAGAGCAAGGAUCUUUCGACUGGUUCAAAGGUGUCAUGAACGAAGUUGCCGAGAUUGACUCCAAGGUUGGAAGUUUUCGUAUGAUGUUUCCAUUCUUACACGUUCUUACGAUGCUUUCUCAGGCUGUUAUCGAGCUACAUAACUAUUUGACGAGUGUUUACGAAGAGGGCGAUGUUCGAUCGGCCCUGAUUACGAUGGUGCAAAGUCUACAGCAUGCACGGAAUGGUGUCGAUAUUAUUUCGGGAACUCGGGUUAAGACUCACUUUGCCCGUCCAAACUGGAGAAAGGUUCUGUCGAGGCUGGAGAAGCUGCACAGAGGCGCGAGAAUUGGUGUGUUUUACUGUGGAGCCCCGGCUCUUGGCAAGGAAUUGGAUGCGCUAUGCAAGGAAUACAGCCACCAUAACAUCACCAAGUUUGACUUUCAAAAGGAAAACUUUUAGAACGUAAAGGAAACCGAGAUUCUAUUGGUUGCAAGUGUAUAUAAAGCAUACCAGAUUCUUUUUUGUAGCGAUGCCAAUCCGAGUACAUAAUUUACGAGAUUUAAAGAGCUCAUGCA